CAAGACUAGUUUGUUUUCGAUGGUGCUAAGAUUAGUGCCAAGACCUCAUGCAUACUAGAUAAACUCACUCUCUUCCUGUAUCUAACCGUAAAUGCAGGUUUUUUAUGACAGUGAGACAUACCCUCCUGGCAGCACCAGUCUACUUCAGAGAAGAUAAUGAGCAUCAAAGAAACUCCACAUGGAGACAAAAGUAAACCACUGAGCUUAAAAAUGUCCUUGUCUCAGCUGCUGGCAGUAUUCUGUCCCAAUUGGAUAGGCAGGACCCAAAUGAAAGUGACUGUCAAACACUGUCAGGAUGAGGAUGGACAGCCCUUCAGAGCAUCCUGCUUCAUAAAAGUCUGUUGGAUAUGCUAGGCCUCUAGGUCAAAGAUAGAUGCCCCCAUGUUGGAGAGGAACCUUGGGUGACUGUGGAGGCAGGUAGCUGUUUCUAUCAUUGCUCACAUUUUUUGGAAGUUAUAGGCUUGUACUUUCUGCUUACUCAGUUAUUACUUCCUUCUUGUGACUCUGAGGGUUGAAAAUCAGAUAGGUAUAGUUUUCCUUGUUUACCAGAUGCAGAAAGCAAGUUAUGAUAGAAAGUAAAUUAGGUACAAGACUUCGGACUCACCAAGAUAGGACAGAUAUGAAUUUGUCAAAUGCAAAUGGACUAAACAUUGUUGAUGUAUUUAUUACCUGUAUAUAUUGUAUAUAGUCACUGUACUUAUUUUAUAUAGUUUUUCUUAUAUUAGUUACCGCCUUUUUAAUUCUAGACAAAUAAGGGAAAUAUAGUAAUAUUUUAUUUGUAUUUUAACAAGUAAAGCUUGCCUGAAGAUCAAGAGUAAAACAUCUGCUCUGGUCAGCCUUACAGACCAGGCAGUGGUAACACCCCCUUUAAUCCCCAUAGCCACACUAGUUUGCCACAGAAACCGGGAGGUAGUAGUGGAGGUAGUAGUGCAUGCCUUUAAUCCCUGCACUGGAGAGAGGAAUAUAAGAUGGGAGGAGACAGCUCUCAGGAUCAGAUUUAUUCUGAGGAUUCCUGGAGGCAGGAUCUCCUUGUUGGCUUGAGGCUAAGUUGAUUAUGGAAGAUUCUCACAAGAGUAACUCUUCAGAGACUGCACCUCAGCCUGGUUCAGCAGUUCAGGGGACUCACAUUUCUCAGAUAGCCCAUCCGGUGUCAUCUUUAUCAGAAAGUGAGGAGUCUCAGGACUCAUCUGACAGCAUAGGCUCCUCACAGAAAGCUCACGGGAUCCUGGCCCGGCGACCAUCAUACAGAAAAAUAUUGAAAGACCUUUCUUCUGAAGAUACACGGGGAAGAAAAAGAGACGGAGAAAAUCCAGGCAUUUCUGCUGUUACUUCUAUGUCUGUUCCAACCCCCGUCUAUCAGACCAGCAGUGGACAGUACAUUGCCAUUGCCCCAAAUGGAGCCUUACAGUUGGCCAGUCCAGGAGCAGAUGGAGUUCAGGGACUGCAGGCAUUAACUAUGACAAAUUCCAGCAAUGCUCAACAAGGUACAAUCCUUCAGUAUGCACAGACUUCUGAUGGACAGCAAAUACUCGUCCCCAGCAACCAAGUGGUUGUGCAGACUGCAUCAGGAGAUAUGCAGACCUAUCAGAUCCGUACCACACCGUCUGCUACUUCUCUGCCACAGACUGUGGUGAUGACUUCUCCUGUGACCCUUACAUCUCAGGCAACAAAAACAGAUGACCCCCAGCUGAAAAGGGAAAUACGGCUGAUGAAAAACAGGGAAGCUGCGCGAGAAUGCCGCAGGAAGAAGAAGGAGUACGUGAAAUGCCUGGAGAACCGCGUUGCCGUUCUGGAAAACCAAAAUAAAACUCUAAUAGAAGAGCUGAAAACUUUGAAGGAUCUUUAUUCUCAUAAAAGUGUUUGACUCUUUAAAGAGAAAGUAUUUUUAUGGACUUGCUUAAAAAUUAGAUUUCUUUUUAGUGGAGUUUUAUAAAUUCAAAGGUCAAAGAAGCUACUUUGUAUUAGGUUUUUACAAUGCAAAGGUGACGGGGUGAGUGGAGAUGACCGUAACAAAGCUGCUGGUACAACUGGAAGCUCCGGGGAAAUGUACUCAAGGAAACAGACUUUGGCAACUUAAUUUUAAACAACAGUCCAACCAAAAGUGGCAGAUGCAUUGAUAAAGCAAUCAGUUCCAAGUUUGUAUUUCUGUUUCCUAAGAUUGCCUUUUUGUGUGUGAGUGUGUGAUUCCUACCAAUAAAUUCUAAAUGACAAUUGUAAAAGAAAUCAUAAUACGUUACUAAGUAUGUAAAUUAUGUGGUCUGAUUGCUACUUGUCACAGUGUCGGGUGUGUUAAAUGAGUUUUGACAGUUGGUUUUGUUGGACUUGAGGGUUUGAGAAGUGUUCUAACAGGCGCAGGGCACACUAUCUGAGUCUGGUGAUUUGUUACAUUUUUAUAAGAAUGGAAAGAACUGUCUUGAAAAUUUGACAUUUUUAAAUAGCUUGUUUUUUGCUUCCAGUAAGGGCAGUUUUUCACAAGGAUAUAAUAAUUUUUCUGAUUCUCUAAUCCUGUAUGCAGUUGAAGAGCAUUACUUUGUGCUUUAACAGAAUGAAGUGUUUACACAAGCCCUAAAGAUGCACGCCAAAGCUUCCCGAAGGUUUGUAAUCAUCUUACCGUAGGUUUGUCGGGUUCUAAAAUAGUUAUUGAGGCAAUUCUACGUUGACCUAUUUUGUAAUGUAGCCAAUGGUACCUUUAUAAGAGAGUAACUGCCGAUAUAUUUUUAUAGUGAAUCUUUAUAAAUUCUAAUGUUGAGUUUUUAAUGAUUAUUUUAAAUGUUUAUAUAGUUUUAGUAAAAAAAUUUGUAUCUCAAAUUAUCAUUUUUAUAUUAUAAGAAGAGUAAAGUUUUCAAUUGGCUGAUAUUUGAAUUGUACUUUUUCUAUGAAGUUUAUCUAAAGUUGAAGCUGUGGUCAGGACACCAGUGUUUAACCUCUGUAUUCUAAUCUGUAUACACUUUGAAACUGUUGUGUGCCUAUAUGGUAUGUUUCAUAUUGUCUAUGGAAUUAAAAAAAA